AUGAUGGAGCAACCAAAACGUGUGACUUUAAAGCAGAUGUUGUGGAAUGGCAUCGUAAGUCUCAUCAUCGCUGUGAGAUCAAAAUAUGUUUUAGUUAAAGAUGGCCCUCUCCUCCGUUUUUCUCACGUUGGCGUCAAAUCUCGUCCUGUCCAUCGUUUUCAUUCUGGCUCUUUCUGAAUGCAUCAACAGAUCUGUAAUAAUUUUUAUCUUCGCUUGGACUAUGGUAAGUGAUUAAUUUCUCUGGAAAUUACCCACAUUUUCAGGUUUUGCUAAUUUCUGUCUUUUCCUGUGCAACUGUUGUCUUUUACUUCGACUAUGUUCAUGCCAAGAAUUACUUAAAAGACUGCGCAACACUCCCAACGGUGGAGUCACUGCCAAAAUAUUCGCUGCCAGAUAACUGGGAGCCUGGCUGGCUUCGGAUUGUCAAGCGGUACAUCCGAUACAACAAACCAGACCAAGAUGGAGUAUGGUCCAAUUCUGAGAAGGCAUACAAAUCAAUUGUGAAAUGCAAUAACAGAAUGUUAAUGUUUGUGGUGUGUUGUUAUACUGUCGCAUUGCUUAUAUGUCUUUUGGUAUUUGUUGUUAACAACGAACGUUGUAACACUGAUGAGAAUUCAGAAUAA